UUUGGACAGACAAUAAUACAUAGUGAGACUCUCCACUCUCCAGUCUCAAGUCAGCCAGUGUACUACAGUUUUCUGUGCUGGCAUGGGCCAUUGUCAAAUGCCUUCUUUUCACUGCUUUUUAUUCUCUUUUUUACCUCCCUCUCUCUCUCUCACCUAAAAAAGAAAAGAAAAACUAAAAAAUAGUACUAUCUUCCAUAUCUUUCUUUCUACUAGGAGUUCUAUCUUCCAUAUCUUUCUUUCCCUGUACUUUUCUCUCCUUUUCUACAACCACAAAAACACAACUCAAUGACCCACUAAACAUUCACACACCAUGAAUGAACUCUAGGCAUUUACUAAUGGAAAUGGAUUCAGGCUCCCUAACCGAGUCAGCUACUUCCAAUGCAACUUCUCCGCCAGCUGAGUCUGUUAAUGGAUUGAAAUUUGGUAAGAAGAUUUACUUUGAGGAUCACGUGGGGGUCGGUGCUCCGGCUAAGAGCGGAACUGGGUCAUCCUCAUCCGGUUCCGGGUCAGGGUCAUCUAGGAAGGCUCAGGGUGGACAGCACCAGCAGCCACCAAGGUGUCAAGUUGAAGGGUGCAAAGUAGAUCUGAGUGAUGCUAAGACUUACUAUUCAAGGCACAAAGUUUGUAGUAUGCACUCCAAGUCUCCUAGAGUUAUUGUUGCUGGUUUGGUGCAAAGAUUUUGCCAGCAAUGUAGCAGAUUUCAUCUACUUCCUGAAUUUGACCAAGGAAAACGAAGUUGCCGCAGGCGCCUAGCUGGCCAUAAUGAGCGACGGAGGAAGCCACCAUCUGGAUCGGUGUUGUCCGCUCGCCAUGGCCGAUUCUCUCCCUCUUUGUUUGAUAAUAGCAGCAGAGCUGGAGGCCUUCUUGUGGACUUUAGUGCAUAUCCAAGGCAUACUGGGAGAGAUGGAUGGCCUGCAGCAAGGUCUUCUGAGCUUACCCCCGGGAAUGAUACUGCUGCCACAGGAAGGUCUAUAUCUCAUAUGUGGCAGAUAAGCUCCCAGAAUCCUCCAUCCAACCUUUGCUUGCAAGGCUCAACUGGCGGGACUGGCCUUUUCAGUUCAGGAAUUCCUCCGGGAGAAUGCUUCACAGGAGUUGCUGUUUCAGACUCGAGCUGUGCUCUCUCUCUUCUGUCAAAUCAACCAUGGGGCUCCACAAACCGAGCAUCAAGUCUUGCGGUGAAUGACUUGUUUAGUGCCGAAGAGGCACCCGUGGUUCAAUCAACAGCUCACCAUGGUGCGGCUGUCAAUCAGUAUCCAAUCCCUUGGAGCUUCAAGAGCAAUGAAGGAAGUAACAGUUCACAUGAGAUGUGCCCUGAUCUAGGUCUGGGUCAAAUUUCAAUGCCUCUCAACAGUCAACUUGCUGGUCAGCUCGAGCAGUCUCAACAGAAUAGGAGGCAAUACAUGGACCUCGAGCAUUCCAGGGCUUAUGACUCUUCAACCCAGCACAUCCACUGGUCACUUUAAGUGGCCCUGCCUUAUUGGUUGUUAAAGGCUACUCGGAUUAAUAACUAGGAAGGUGAACUUCUGCCUGAUCUUUUGUUUCGGUUAAACCCAGGAUGAUUACUCUUUGGCUCUUGCCCGUGUUUUGAUUGUAACAUAUAGACAAGCAAGGUGCUGUAUUUCUUAUGCCAGCUUUAAAGAUCGUUGUCAAGAAUUAUCUAUUA